GCAGAGCUCCUGGUUGAACGUCUGGACCUGCUUAGUCUCCUUUCUUCGGCUUGGUAUCAGCCACACCUUCGACCCUGCUGACUUCCUCAGACUUUCAACCCCUCGGGCCUCUUUUCUAGAAGGUUUGCUUGGCAGUGGCUCUGAUUAUCAGAGUUCCAGAGCCAGCUGCAAAGAACACAGCGAGGAAAUCAGUUACCCAUGGAGGAGCAAAGGCCUCCGAAGCGGCCCCGCGCAGUGGCUCCUGAUCCAGCCUCAGAUGGGGACCUCAGGGAGUCAGACUAUCCUGGUGUGGAACCUGAAGACCCAGGUGAAGCAGAUGGCCCAGUGGAGCCAGGACAACCUGAGAAACCCAUUGCUUAUGUGAACCCCAUGAGAUGCGAGGUCCCUGUCCAUGCAGAGCCAGCUGAACCUGCACAAAGAGGCCGCAUCCGGAGAAGACCCCGGCAAACAGGGAGAGCUCACACUCGGAGACAGAGUCGGAGAGCAGGAAGGCGUAGCCGCUGGGAGACAGACUCCCAGGAGCAGCUAGAAGAAUCUCAGGAGCAGCUAGAAGAAUCUCAGGAACUAGAUGUGCAUGGACAGGUGGAUGACCAGGAAGAGCCAAGCCAUGUGGAUGUGGAAGCCAGGUGGACCCCACCCUUCUCCUUCAUCACAGCACCUACAGUCCAUGAAGACGAGGUGUCAGGGCAUAGAUCCCACCCAACCCAGGUAGCAGGGGAAAUCCGGGAGCCGUCCCCUGUCUCAGGGUACUGGGCUGUCUUGGGAAGGCAGAUUUCAGCCAUCUAUCCCUGCAUAGGCUUCAUCCCACUGCUCGGCUCCUCGCUGCACUUCAUGGAGACCUCCUUCGGCACCCACGUGUUCGGAGUCCCUGUGUUCUUCACCAACAUCGCACGCUGACCUGUCACCUGCUUCAGCUUCCUUCCCUCCUGCUUGGGACUGUGUGUAAUACUGCUCCCUCCUCGCUCAGAACCAAGGAGAGAAUCAAUCCCAUUUCUGCUCCACACCUCCCUGCCUGUACCUAGCAGUGCCUUCCUGUUGUUGGCUCCAAACCCUCCUCCAGGAUCCCAACAACACCUGCCAGCUGCUUCCAAAGCCCCUCCUGGCUAUGUUUUAUCUACGCACACAUAUAUUUAGUUCCUCAGGGCUUGUUAAAAUAAAUCAGCAGUCUCCUCUUGUCCUCCUUCCAGGCACGUUUUUUCCUACCCGAUAUGUACAACCACCAAAUGUUUUUCAAAAAGACAUCAGGAAAGAGGGGGAAAAAAAGGAAAAAGUGACACUCAAGGAAAUAAACCUAAUAGAAUAUUCAGGAAAGUGGACUUUUACAAGAAUAUAAUUAAUACCCUCAGAGAGAAAUGGAAUGAUCUAUCCUUGAGAUGGUAGCGUGUGGUACAUAAAAAAGCCAAUUACAGAGACUAGGGAUGAGAAACAAGGUUGUUACAAUACAAAAUUAUGUGGAUGGUUUGAGUCACAGAUUGGAUGGGGCUGAAGAACAAAUCAGUAAAAUAGAUGUUUGGGCAGAGGGAGGCCCCGGAAUGUAGCAAAAGAUGUGACAGAUGAGUUCCACUGAAAGCAGUUCUGAAAGAAAGGCUAGCUAACACAGGAGAAUCUGAACAUUUGGAUGAGAGCAACAUAUGAAGAAAUCAUGGCCACUUAUUCCCCCAAGUGAAAGACAUACAUCAUUAGCAAGAUAUGAGAAUAACACAAAUCUGGAAGUAUGAAACAUGAUGGCGAGAAAUUUCCAAAGGCAGCCUGAGAGAUGAGCCCCACAAGGAAAGCUCAGAUUCGCACUGGACUUUGCCGAGCAGCGUUGGUGAGUUUGAGAAGCCACGGGGCAACAUCCUCAGAGCUUUGAAGGGAGCUGACUCUGAACAGAGAAUUCUGUAACUUGGACACAUUUUUGGGGUGGGGAGGGAGGCAGGAAGUGUCUGCCCAAGAUGGAGGCCACAGGAUGGGAGGAAGGACUUAGAAAGGAAAAGGGAAAAGCUCGAAUCCAAAGCAUGAAUUUUCCCCGAACUUGCAGCACACAACUUUUAAUAAAUGAGGUAAUA